AUGGUGCCGGUAAGGGUGGAAAAGAAGCUGUUGCUGGGCCCCAACGGGCCGACCAGUGAGGAGGAGGAGGGCCAGAGCCUAUGGUCCUCCAUCCUGAGCGAAGUGUCCACCCGCGCCAGGUCUAAGCUGCCGCCCGGCAAGAACAUCCUGGUCUUCGGUGAAGAUGGUUCUGGUAAAACAACCCUCAUGACUAAACUACAAGGAGCUGAGCAUGGCAAAAAAGGAAGAGGCCUAGAAUAUCUCUACCUCAGCGUGCACUAUGAGGACCGAGAUGAUCACACACGCUGCAAUGUGUGGAUUCUGGAUGGAGACUUGUGCCACAAAGGCCUGCUGAAAUUUGCAGUUUCUGCUGAAUCCUUGCCAGAGACCCUCGUCAUUUUUGUUGCAGACAUGUCUAGACCUUGGACUGUGAUGGGAUCUCUGCAGAAAUGGGCUAGCGUUUUACGUGAGCACAUUGAUAAAAUGAAAAUUCCACCAGAAAAAAUGAGGGAGCUGGAACGGAAGUUUGUGAAAGAUUUUCAAGACUAUGUGGAACCCGAAGAAGGUUGUCAAGGUUCCCCACAGAGAAGAGGCCCUCUGACCUCAGGCUCUGAUGAGGAAAAUGUUGCCCUGCCUCUGGGUGACAAUGUGCUGACUCACAACCUAGGGAUCCCAGCGUUGGUUGUGUGCACAAAGUGUGAUGUGGUGAGUGUCCUGGAGAAGGAGCACGACUACAGGGAUGAGCAUUUGGACUUUAUCCAGUCACACCUGCGGAGGUCCUGCCUUCAGUAUGGAGCUGCCUUGAUUCACACAUCAGUGAAAGAAGAGAAAAACCUUGACUUGUUGUAUAAGUAUAUUGUUCAUAAAACGUACGAUUUCCACUUCACCACACCUGCCUUAGUUGUGGAAAAGGAUGCUGUUUUUAUACCUGCAGGCUGGGACAAUGAAAAGAAAAUAGCUAUUUUACAUGAAAAUUUUACAACCGUGAAGCCAGAAGAUGCAUACGAAGACUUUAUUGUGAAACCUCCCAUCAGAAAGCUGGUCCACGACAAAGACUUGGCAGCAGAAGAUGAGCAGGUGUUCCUAAUAAAGCAACAGUCACUCCUUGCCAAGGAGCCAGCCACACCCACGAGAGCCUCCGAAUCUCCUGCAAGAGGACCCUCUGGCUCUCCAAGGACCCAGGGUCGGGGAGGGCCAGCCAGUGUGCCUAGCUCCUCCCCAGGCACAUCAGUUAAGAAGCCAGACCCAAACAUCAAAAAUAAUGCAGCAAAUGAAAGGGUGUUGGUCAACUUCUUCAACAGUCUCUUGAGUAAAAAGACAGGCUCUCCUGGAAGUCCUGGUGCUGGUGGGGUGCAGAGCACAGCUAAGAAGUCAUGACAAAAGACUGUUUUGUCAAAUGCUCAGGAAGAACUGGAUGGAAUGACUCGAAAGCCAGACUCUGUGGUAACAAACUCAACAGAAAAUGAAGCCUGAACCUCCUUAAAAAGUGCAUAUGUCGAAUGACCAAAUAACUAUGUAUAUUGAUCUGCUAAGACCAGGGUUUUUCUGAUACGGCACAUGCUAUCAGUUUUUUGGGGCAGGGGAGAUGAACUUUAAAAAAAAAA